AUGUCUGACAACAAUUGCUGCCGUGACAACUAUAGCUCUCCUUCCCUUAGGAAUUCCUGCCGUGUUCCUGUCACUUCACCCAUCCCUCUCCACUCCACGGAGGUGAAUUGUGGUAGUGCUCCCUGCUCUCCUAGUAGCAGCCUGGGCAGCCACGUGGCCCAUGACAACUGCCAGGACCUUUAUGGUGAACGCAGGAGUUUCCAAUACAACACCUGUGAAAGAGAUGCCUGUAGUCCUUCCAGCUACUCUCCGACUAUUUCUGGGGUGCCUGGAGUCUAUCAAGGAACUAGCUGCCUUCCUUCCACAUCCCAAAGUUCCGGUUUCUGUCAUCCAGCAUCCUCUAGACAACGUGUGAGGUACCACUUCCCAAGUUACCAAUCCUAUGGCUAUCAACCUCAGGGCUACCUGGCCUGUGGCCGUCAACCGUUGAGAUACCUGACCUGGGGAAGACAACCACUGAGUCACCUGACCUGUGCUAAUCAACCAUUGAGCUAUCUGCCCUAUGAUGGUCAACCUCUGAGAUACCUGCCCAAUGGGUGCCAGCCACUCACCUACAUGCCUGAUUAUUACAGACCUACAAAUUAUACAUGCAGCAAUUUUCAGCCAUACUCCUCCUCAAGCAACUGGUCAUCUCCUUACUAA